AUGGAGCACAAGUCGUACUUUAUCUACGCAGUAACGCGGCCCUUCCCAUUCCAAUGGUUCACCCCAGUAGCCAUAAUCGGCGGCAUCGUGUUUCUCGCCUUGUUCACCUUUAUGAACUUUGCCUCUAGCAGCUACGAACUCAUCGUCCAGGACUCGCUAGAUCCGAAUGCAACCGUUUCCGGGCGCGGCUGGCUGCAUGCUUACCCAUCCUUCCUGACCACCAAGGUCCGGCCUAAAUGCCAACCCGCCAGUUUACCAGUCAACACCCCGUUUUUCACCAAUAACACUGCUCUGACGUACACCUUGACAAGUGUGUGGCGGAAUGGACAUAACGGCGAGCAGAUCAUCUCGCCGACCCUCACGUACAGCAACAACGUCCUCCAGAACUGCUCUAUCAACUCGGUGGAAAUCAACUUCGAGUCCAUAGACAGAUUUGGAAACCAAAUUGCUUUUCGCGAAUGGGGCGCUGUGCUCCGAUCUUAUAUCACCUGCCAGAUAGACACUCCAGUUGGCAGCGUGUUUUUCGACCUCACACAAACCUAUGACUAUGUCCCUACCGGCAUAUCGUUUGAUAAGCUCCACACGUUUCUGGGCAGUGGGUUUCUAAGCCGAAAUCAAACAACACAGGCAAGCCUUUGGUGGGGCGAAUCUCUAAUGUCGACGUACUGGUCUAUCACCACGUUAAUGCUGAAGAACCCAGGGGGCGAAUUCAGCAACGGCAAGGAUACCGCGGAGCUGAGCAAAGGAACCAUCUAA